AUGGUUGACGCCGCAGGCCAGCGACAGCGUCACGGGAGUGUGCGCAUGUCCGCUUAUGCCUUCUUUUCUCCCUCCUUCGCUGGUUUCUACGGGAUUUCCGCCUACGGCCAGUCAAUGCCGAGUCAUUUUGGCGUUUCUUCAACGUCGCCGUACUCAUCGCCGGCAGCGGGUGCUGUGGGGGGUCCAGCAUCGUCUGUUGCGGGACGCCAUUUCGCGGCUGCGGCGGCCGCGGCGGCGGCGAUGCUAGGGAGUUGCUUUUACCCCACGCGCUCCCCGCCUGAGACUCUUGGAGCGCCCGGGUCGAUGUUAUCGUCGCCGCCGCCGCCUCCUCCCCAUCCAGCGCCGCCUCAGCAGUCCGCGUCCGUGUCGUCGCCCUCCACGCCGGCCUCUGCCGCCUCCUCCUCCUCCUCCUCCUCCACCAGCCAGCAACAUUCCGCUGCGACCGCGGCAGCCUGGCUGUCCAGUCCUCUGGCCGCUGUGGCAGCUGCCACCUCGCCAUCCUUCACACCAAAUCUCUUUAACCACGUCCCGCCGCACAAUCGACAGGCAGCAGCGGUGCAUUUCCUCUCAAGCCUGACUGCGGCAGCGGCAGCUUCGUCCGCGGCCUCGUCAUCUUCCGCCAGUUCGCCCCUUCCACCGCCACCACCACCACAGGCGCCGACGGCUUCGCCCUCGGCCGUCUCGCCGUUCGUGGGAGGCGCGUUCCACCACUCCCUCUCCGUGGCAACCAAUGGAAGUGGCGAGAAGAUGGACGCUGGCAGUCCCCAUGCCACUGCGCUUUCGCUUCUCGCGUUGUCCCCCGCGUCUCCUGCCGCCGCUGCUGUCGCCGCUGCCGCUUACUGCCAAUCAAAAUCCGGGCUACAGUUUGGGUCGUCGAUGCUCACGGCGGACGGCCAGGCCGCCAAUUCACCCCUCACCUACACCCAACUUCAGCCAGCCUCACAAACCUCGAAGGACAGUGACAGGACCCUUCCAGGUUUCGCAGCAGACGGACGUCAUCAGCGAUAUCUCAGUGAGUCUGGGAGAUCCUGCGACUCCACGAAAAGAUGCAACAAUCGAUCUGCGAGUUCAACGGGUGGUGGUGGCGGCGGCUCCGGAGGUGGUGGAGGAAAGCAUUCUCCGUCGUGGAAGAUCAUGCGAAUAAACUCGGGCGGAAGUGGGGGCUCUCCGCUGUCAGCAGCAGCAUCGUCCUCCCUUGAUCAGUGUUCGCCAGGCUGCACGGGAUCUCCACGCACUGGAUCACCCCGCACAGCUAGCACUGCGGCCUCUUCGUCGUCGCCUGGCUUGACAAUUAACGCCGCCACACUUGCCCAGUACCGGCGGGAGAUCACCACGGAGAACAGUGGAACUGGUGUGCCCACAAAACGGGUGCAUAUUAAGAAACCCCUCAACGCUUUCAUGCUCUUCAUGAAGGAGAUGCGACCGAAGAUUCAGGAGGAGUGCACUCUGAAGGAGUCGGCUGCGAUUAAUCAGAUUUUGGGCAAGAAGUGGCACGAGCUUUCCAAGCCCGAACAAUCCAAGUACUAUGAACUGGCGCGGAAGGAGAAGGAAAUCCAUCGUCAGGCAAGUCUUGGGAAGCUGUUCCCUGGCUGGUCGGCUCGCGACAACUAUGCAAUCCACUCGAAGCGGAAACGCAAACGCAAACUCGCCGCUGCGGUAGCUGCUGCCUCUGUGAUAAACGCCGCCGCCGCCGCUGGCGGAGGGGGUGGCGGUGGGGCCGGAGAAGGUUCCUGUGGCGGUGGCAACCGACGCGACCUCUUCGACGCUGACGGCUACUUCGCUGGUGCCGGAGGCAAUGGCAUGGGCUCCCUCAACACCUCCUCCGCGUUGGCAGCCGCUGUCGACCUUGGCAACCCCAAGAAGUGUAGAGCGCGUUUCGGACUGGAGCAACAGACGCGUUGGUGCAAACCAUGCAGACGAAAGAAGAAGUGCGUCCGCUUCCUCACGGACGCCGAGUACGACGAGGCUUUGCAAUCGGGCAAACUGCAGUCUGAGCCCUCUUCUCCGUCGGCGGCGGCGGCAGGCGGUGGAAAUCCACAGGCGCCGUCUUCGCACCCACAAGCUUCCACGCCAGCACCCAGUGGCUUGUGCGGUGCAGCAGGAAGGGUGAAAGAUCAGUGGUCUGACCAGCUUCCCAAGUCACUUUCCAAUCCAAAGACUCCCAAUUCCACCUUUCUUUCUCCCAAUCCCACCGGUGCUUACAGUCACCCACCCCCCGCGCCAAGUGGGUCUGACUACGCCGCCUCGACCAGCGGCAGCAACGAGGACUACUCCGCUGCAUUCUCUGCGCCCUCCUACAACCAGUUCUCCCCGUACGGCGAUUUUCAACGCCCUACUCUGGCUCACUCAACCCUGAGCUUCCUUGAGCACCAUCGACCUCCCUUCACGCCCGUCUCACACUCUCAAGGAAGCAACAGCAACAACAGCGGAACCAUCCACCACGACGAGUCUGCAGAGGAUGACAUGAAGAACGAGACCCUCUGUGUCUUCGCCACUGAAGCCUCCCCCGCCGGCAGUUGCCAUCACAACAACAACAACGAAGCUGAGGAGGAGGACGACGACGAAGAGGGCGACACCUUUCCGCACAUCAAACAAGAAUCCAGUCCCGUGAAUGGCAUGUUCCCGGUUUCCACGAAGGUCGAGGCGGCUUCUUCGCCGCCUGUACCAGUUACUGCGGCGUCCGCGUCGUCGUCCUCGUCAACUUCGUGUUCAGGCGGUGGAGGGGAAAAACGACCCAUCAUUUUUUCCGCCGCUGCUCUUAGCCGGUGCGAGGAGCCUAUGUCGUCGAAUGCGGCCGUGGAAACCGGCACUACGGCCUCGUGA